AUGAUAGCCUCCUGCGAUGCCUGUGGGGUUACAAAACUAUGGGACUUUCGGAAGCUCUUACCAGUUGUGUCCAUUGACGUAGGUCCAAGUCCCGGCAAUGAAGUGAACUUCGACUUAUCAGGUCGAGUUUUAGCUCAGGCGAGUGACAAUGGUGUUAUCCAUUUGCUAGAUCUUAAAUCUGGGCAGAUUCACAAAUUGAUGGGCCAUGAGGGCGAGGCGCACACGGUCGUGUUUUCUCCCGACGGGGAGAGUCUGUUUUCCGGAGGUUCUGACGGCACCGUUCGAACGUGGUCUUGACGCUCAGCAUAUCCCACUGCGGACUUCCCUGUAAGGCUUGACAAUGCUUCCUGUAGUCCCAAAUUAGUAAAUAACUGGUUAAAUAUCCCAGCAGGUAACAUUUAAAAUUUCCUUUAAAACAUGCUUUGAACAUAUAUUUUAGUGCUCAUACUGUUAACCAUAA